AUGCAACAUGGGACAGAGCCAGGCAUGAAGGGAAUAUUUUGGCCUGCUGACCUCAGAUCUCAUGCCCCAUUAGAUGGUGGCACAGCCCAGUAUGGUUGGUCUUUCUCGAAGCCAACUCUCUCAUUUUCUUCUGGCAAGGACAGGGAAGAUGUGAUCGCAAGGUUGGCCCCAAGACGGCCGCCGCACUGCAACUACAAGCCACAUCCCGGGUUCCGAAGCCGCCUGCCGGAGGAUAUUCGGCCAAGCGGCCAGAGAGAAGUUGACAAUUUUCUUGCCUGGCUGGGUGUCGAUCAGCAGAUUCUCUCUAGAAUGGUCUUCUUGCUGCGCUACUUUUUUGUCAGAAACAUUGCGAAGAAGCUUGUGGGAGCUAUGACUGCCACAGAAGGACGCUUGCGUUGUGCUCUUGAUGCAUUGAGCCAUAUUACUGGUGGUAUGUUGGAGCACUAUGUCUUUUCGCUCUCCACCAUCCUUCCUGAUGAAAACAAUAGAUUUCUUGAGCAAAAGGAGCAGGAUUGGAUUAAGAGAGCAAUGGAAUCAGCAGAGCGAUGGGGUUUCAAGGAACCACCCACUAACGACACCCCAAAAUGGCGUGAGCUUUAUGAGGUGAGAAAUGGGAGUUUAUUGCCGGUGCACAGGUAA